CAAACGCCAUCUUGACAGCACCCUCAAAAUGGAAGAAAGAUGAGCGCUAGAACACAAACCCGAACUAAGGUCGCUUGUCCGAGCUUGUUAAAGCCACCCUUACAUGUUAGGUGGUAAACAAGUGGUUAUGGGGUUGAUGUCCAGUGAGGCAGCACGGAGCCUUUAACAAUGGACAUAACUACGGCGGUGUUCAACGCGGCCAGAGAUGGUAAGCUGAAACUUAUCCAGAAGUUGCUGAGCAACAAAACUCCCGAAGAGCUUGAAGCUUUAGCCGAGGGGAAAACACAGGGAGGCACCGCUCUCUUGAUAUCAUCGCGAUAUGGACAUUUAGAGGUUGUAGACUAUCUCCUUGAACAUUGUAAAGCCAAUGUUGAACUCGGGGGCUCGGUGAACUUUGAUGGCGAGACUAUCGAAGGAGCUCCGCCGCUGUGGGCGGCUUCGGCAGCCGGUCACCUCCUAGUGGUUAAAACGCUUUUAAAACAUGGCGCCUCUGUGAACAAUGCAACGCUAACUAACUCCACUCCGCUACGGGCUGCCUGCUUCGACGGCCACUUGGAAAUUGUCCGCUACCUGGUGGAGCAUAGAGCUGACAUGGAGGUCGCCAAUAGGCACGGCCACACCUGCCUUAUGAUCUCUUGCUACAAGGGCCACAAGGAGAUAGCUAAGUUCCUACUAGACCGUGGGGCUGAUGUCAACCGUAAGAGCGUCAAAGGGAACACUGCCCUCCACGACUGUGCCGAGUCUGGAAGCCUGGACAUCAUGAAGAUGUUGCUCAAGUGCAACGCCCGCAUGGAGAGAGAUGGUUAUGGAAUGACCCCACUCCUAGCUGCAAGUGUUACAGGACACACCAACAUUGUGGAGUACCUUGCCCACCAGCCCCGCACUUCCAGAGAAGAGCGAAUAGAUGCCCUUGAACUUCUCGGGGCCACCUUUGUUGACAAGAAGAGGGAUCUGUUGGGAGCGAUGAAGUACUGGAGACGUGCUAUGGAGUUGAGGCAGCCAGGGGAUAAAGCGGGAUCCUUGACCAAGCCCCCACCUGGGCCACCCAUUCCAGCCUAUGGCUGUGCACAGGAGGUGAACAGUGCAGAGGAACUGGAGGCUCUGAUCACAGACCCUGAUGAGAUGAGGAUGCAGGCCUUGUUGGUUCGUGAACGGAUCCUGGGACCAUCCCACCCAGACACCUCCUAUUACAUCCGCUACAGAGGGGCCGUCUACGCUGACUCUGGAAAUUUUGAAAGAUGCAUAAGCCUGUGGAAAUACGCUUUAGAUAUGCAGCAGAGCAACCUGGACCCACUCAGCCCCAUGACCGCCUCAAGUUUCCUGUCCUUUGCAGAGCUCUUCUCCUUUGUCCUACAAGACCGUGCGAAGGGCACCCUGUCCACACGCAUCACCUUCCAUGAUCUGAUGACUGUGUUGGGUAAAAGCGUGCGAGAGGUAGAGCGAGCUGUGGCACAGAGGGACAACCCACCGGAGGCUCCUCAGUUCACCAAGGCACUUGCCAUCAUCCUCCACCUCAUCUUUCUGCUGGAGAAGCUGGAGUGCAACCCCGAGCAGGAGCACCAGAAGAAACACACGGUCUACCGCCUAUUGAAGCUGAAUCCUCGCGGUCGUUCCGGCUUCACGCCGCUUCACAUGGCUGUGGACAAGGAGACCACGUCAGUGGGACGCUACCCCGUCGGCCGCUUCCCCUCCCAGGCGGUGGCGUCAGUGCUACUGGAGUGCGGCGCCGAUGUCGACUCAAGGGACUGUGAGAACAACACUCCACUGCACAUCGCUGCCUGCAAUGGCUGCCCAGAGAUCAUGGCGCUUCUCAUGAAGGCCGGGGCGCACUUUGAUGCCACCAAUGCACAGAGGAAGACAGCCUAUGAGCUGUUAGAUGAGCACAAUAUUGGACACCCGGCUCUCCUCCCGCUCAACUACAUCACCCUUCAGUGCCUGGCGGCCCGUGCAGUUGAAAAGAACAGACUUCCUUACAGGGGACUCAUCUCUGAGGAGAUGGAAGCUUUUAUUGAGCUGCACUGACCUCCAUCACUGACCCCUGACUGUAUUACUCUUCCUCUUGACCUCAUACUUUGCUUGCUUGCUUCACUCCUGGAACCGUUACAGUGGUACCUCGGUUUUCGUUAUUUCCAGUGAUAACAGAAUAUAUUUUUCCAUUAGGAAAUAAUGUAAAUCUGUUGCAGAUACCCAAAAUAUUAACAAUAAAUACAAUUUGAUUAAUUAUAAUUCUGAAUUCAGAAAACAAUGUGAAAUAAUUAUGAUGAAUGAAAUGGAUAAAUGAACAUUUAACAUCACUUUUACCUUUCAUUGAGGACUCUUGUUUGCAAAGACGGCAGGGAGCGUAGAGGGAGGAGAACAGGGGAGAGAGGAUGGGAUCCACACCAACAACAACUUUUUCAACAUCUUUGAUCAUUUGUGGUAUCUGUUUCAUUUACACCUUAGCCCUUUUGCAAUGUUAGCUUCCUUGAAUUCUUAUUUAUUUGCCAGGAUGGAACUUAUUGUUGAUGCGACAAACGGAUUUAUGUAACAUUCUCAUUUUAUUUUGCCAAAUGAGUGUGCCUUACAGGAUAUCUUAGUAUUGUGUAAGCUUACUGCAAAAUUUGGUGUUGGGUGUGUGAUCCAAGAUGGUCGAAUAAACAAGCAAUCUGUAUUAAUAUUACAAGUUUCAACAUACCUAAAUUCAACAGUUUGUUACACGUAAUAUUGUACGAUAAUUUGAGACUAUGUACGAGAACCACCACAAAGGAAACAUUUUUGCAGAAAAUGGGGGCAUUCGAAAACCGAGGUUUAACUGUACUUUGAUCCCACCUUAGGCCAGCAUUUAGAAUUGACACCUUCCAAAAUUAACAGUAUGCUUGUAUUUAAAUUGUUUUAUGGAGUGACUGACAACAUCUGGUCAAAUAUGAUGCAUGAAAAAGACAAUUUGAGUACGCUUGCUUGUCCAAAGUAUUCACAGUUGAUUAUUCACUAAACCUAAUCAGCCUCACUUGCUUGUAUUUUUUGUUUUUGGUUGGGUUUCUGCUUUAACAUGUUUUGUCUGCUUGGGAAGUUGUUAAGCGCACUGUACCAAAUGCCAACAAAAGGAGUUAUUUCCUUUGCUAUGUAAAGCCACUAACAUAUCAAUCCAACUUUGACAUAAACCCAAAACUUAAAAAGUUACUUUUUAGACAGGGUAUUCCUCAGGUUAUUUUGAGAGACACCAUUUACAUUUUUACACUGAGGUCAGGCUGUCAAGUUACUGAAGCAAAGUAUCACUGUGAACAGAUUGGAUUUAAGGUUACUUCUCAUUUGCUUCUUUGACAUGGGAGCUGCUUUUUAGACAACGGAUUUAUAUCUUCUGAUUCCAAAUGUUUCCUUGAAAUGCCUUAAUGUCCAAACCAUAUAUGUGGCCAUCUAAAAACACGACAACAUUUUACAACAACUUCUCAACUCAAAAUCCACUUUAACCUCGGACGCUGUUGGAAUUGAUGGCUUUGUGGCCACGCGCAUUAUAGUCUUAUUUUAAAUAGUUUCUCUUUUGUGUUAUCUUGAAUAUUUGCUAUGUGUUUAUGUUGUAAACCACAUUAAAUGCAGAUGCAGAUGCUUGCAAUUAACUACUUACAUUCAGGCUAUGAAGUGCCGCUGCCUUUCUCUUUCUCUGCUGGUUUGUUUCAGCGCUGAUAUGAACAUUGUGUGUGUGUGUGUGUGUGUGUGUGUGUGUGUGUGUGUGUGGCAGCAUGACCUGUGUAUGGCGCUUGUUUCUUUAUUUCCUUUUUGUCUUUGUGUAAAAUAUCUUGCGUGGAGCUCGUUUUGGAUCUUGGCCUGCGUAAUUUCUUUCCUCUGUAGUAGGAUCUUGUUAUGCAUUUGUUGUAGAUGGCUUAAAUCAUCAUCAUGGCCAUAAAGUUCUUAUUAGAACAUUAGAAACUAAUUUCAAGUGCACGUCAUAGCUUUACCAAAAAGCUUCAGCUUGCUCACUUAAACUGCGGUAUACAGAAAUAAAGAAUAACAGAAACUUGAUCUUUGCAAGUCGUGUGCUCAUAGUAUAAAUAGAGUGGAAAGAGUGUCACUGCUGCAGGGCAGCGGGAGAGACAGGGUGUUUGCUUUUCUAAUUUUAGGGAUCUUUUGCCCUCGCAUCAACUCUGAAAAUGGGAAUAGUGUCACACUUCUCACUCGGGGAGGUCAGGGGGUGACUGGGAGUGACGGCACUGUGUCAACACAGGCAGGCGCCCUUUAUUGUGUAAGGAGUGACAGACACUGUCAACUCAUUUGUCCCAGAAAGUUAAAAAAGGGUUGUAAUCUUGUUUUAAUGACUUGCCGUUGUGGCUGUUCAGGUAACUAGUUCAGGUGUCAUGUUGGCACCAGCUGGUGUCCACUAUUUUGUUAAAACAUAUGACCUCUGACACUUCCUGCAGCGAAUACCAGGUGGUUGUGCUCAUCAUGAAAUUUAGACAGUGUUUUAUAUUAAUUACAACCCUUCUAUGAAACAUUGUAUUAUAAUUUAGUCACUAACAUGUAGGCUUGUUGUAGUGGUUUGUAAAGUAUCAUAACGACGUCUCUCCACUAGAUGUCGCACUCAUCAACGCAUUAUAUUUAGCCAUGUCUUAUUCCAAACAAUUAGCUCAUCAUAUAUCACGUCACAAUUGGCUCAGUUAAUAUUUUUCCGUCUCUCUUAAAGCAACAGCACAAUCACAUGAACUGGAGUAUUAAUAUUUGUAUGUAUUUGGAUGUAAUUCUGCUGUACAAAGACUUUAAUACUGAGUGUCACAACAUCUCAGUGUCAGAUGUCGCUUUUUUUUCUUGUGACCUAUAUUCAAGACUCAACCUCCAAUAAGCAGAGCUAGCAUUUCUUUCACCUAUAUGAUAUUUUUACGCUGAACCAUUAACAUUUGUUGAUUUUAUUGUUACUUUAAUAUAAAGAUCAAAAUAACAUGGUGCUACAACAGCUGUUUAGAUGAAAGUGACUAUAUUCAACAAUUAGGGCUGUCAGUAAAACCGCGGAAACUCAUUUAUUUAAUUAAUUACGGUACAUUUUUUUUGUGUAAUUAACGCAUUUGCACCAGAGCAAGCACGCCUCUGUUAUGUAGAUCCGUCAUCAUAAGCACAGUUGAGCAUCCCCACACAGUAACACAGUCUGACACUCUUUUCUAACUUCAUUCUGACCUGAACACAUCAACGGUACAAUUCCAACACCAUGGAGUUGUAUGUACCGUACCUUUUGGUCCAGGGAACUACAUUUCCUCAUUGUCAAGAGCGCGAGAUGCAUUCAGGGACACUCUGAACAUCACAAAUACGGCUUUAUAACGCGCUUGUGUAAAUAACCAGGAAGAUGAAGAAAAACAUGAAGUGGAUAUUCUUAGUGUUGUACAAUUUGCUACAUUUAAGUAUGCUGGAAAAUACACUGAAAACAAGUACAUUUACCUUAAAUUGCGUGAUGUCAUUGCGCGCAACCCGUCAUUGCUCAUAAUAACACGGUUUAAAGUGUGAUUCAAUGUUCUGCUACUAUGAAAAAGACCAUCCAUCCAUCUUCUAUGCCGCUUAUCCUCACUAGGGUCGCAGGUAAGCUGGUGCCUAUCCCAGCUGACUUUGGGCGAGAGGCGGGGUACACCCUGGACUGGUCGCCAGGCAAUCACAGAUGAAAGAGUAGUUUUAGACAAAUAGAUUUGUAGGCUUGUGUGGUAUCUUUAAGCUUGAGGCAAGUUUAUAGAGCACAAUUCAUACACAAGGUAAUUCAAAGUGCUUUACAGAAAAGAAGGGUAAAAUCACUUCAUAAAAUCAUUCAACAAAACAUAAAAUCAUUCUAAAAUCAUUACAAAACGUUCCAUAAAUCAUUUCAUAAACCAAAAAAAAGAUUAAAAAAAUUAAGAGUGCAGAUAAAGUACUUUCAGGUGUCUUAUGCAUGCUAACACUUUACAAUCAGGUACACAAAAUUACAGUAGGUAAUGAGGAAGGAACCUACCUAACUCUAACCCUAACCACUACUCAUUAGUUAGUCCAGGGGUGGGCAAACUACGGCCCGGGGGCCGCAUGUGGCCCGCCAAGCAUUUGAAUCCGGCCCGCCAGUUGCUUCCCAAGUAAAGUAAGCUGGAAACAUGACUUGCUAGUAGUCAGAGUCAAUCUGAGACAACCUUUUGAUGGUUGAAGUAGCUUUUCACAUGCAGCAAUCCAGACAACUACCCCACCCACAGUGUCAAGCAAACACAAGUAAAGAAAAUUGUGUCACACAACUUAACCAUACCCACUGCACUGUCUGGGAGGUAAAAAAAAGGGACAUUCACAUACUCUUUAAUAGUCAUUGUUUUAGCAUUCAUAGUUCAUAUUGUAUAUCACAUCCUUUUAUUCAUGUACAUUCCGGGUGUCUCAGUAAAAAACACUCAGUAAAAAAAAAAAAAAAAAAAAACUGUAAAAUUUAAUUUUGUUAUUUGAUAUGGUUUGAUAUUUAAAGUGCUCCUGAAAAAAGGGACACAAGCACAUACCUAUAGCAGAUUGUAUGACACUAUAAUUCCAGCUGGACUGUUAGAAUUGUAAGCGUAAAAUAGAGUGCAUGUAUCAAAUAUAUAGUCUGGCCCCCCGGCCAAUUUUGUUAACUCCAUGCGGCCCGCGAGUCAAAAAGUUUGCCCACCCCUGAGUUAGUCAUUAGUUCCUCAGUAACUACUCAAAAUUUUUGUGCCUUAGUUCCUCAGUAACUACUCAUUAGUUCUUCAUUAGUUUGUCAGUAACUAGUCUAAAUGUUUGUGCCUUAGUCAUUAGUUCCUCAGUAACUACUGUAUUUUUGUGUACCUUUUUAUUGUAAAAUGUUACCGUAUGCACAGUUGAAUGAAAGUGUUUUCAGCUCAGAUUUGAACGUUGCCAAGUUGAGGAUUGUCGCACAUCUUCUGGAACAUUGUUUCAGAUUUUGGCAGCAUAAAACUGAAACGCAACCUCACCGUGUUUGGUCCUGACUCUGGGCACACGUAGGAGACCACUCCCUGAGUGAUCAUGAUUAAUUAAUUUAAAAACUGAUUAAUCUGAUGAAAAUGUUUAAUCAUUUGAUAGCCCUAAUAACAAAAUCACCAAUUGUUAAAGGUUUUUUUGCAUCCCUAUCCCUAUAUUUUCUAAACAGAUGCUUUUUAAAUUUGAAGUAAUUACUUCCUGAAUGGGAUGGUAAAACAUUAUACACAGCCCAACAUGUAGCUUCUAAAUAAUGAUUAAGUAACAUGUGAAAAAAAUGUGAAUAUCAUGAAAAAAUUUGGUAUUUUGUCACUCAUUUCAGAAAGUGAAACCCAUAUACAGUAUUAUAGUAUAGAGAAUCUAAUAUAAGAUAUUAUAGAAUCUUACUUAGCGUCAUUAAUCCAUUCCAGAAGAUCAGAUUCUAACCGAAACACUGAUCAGUUUUUCCCAUCAGAAAUAAUGUAAAUUUAAUUAAUCUGUUCCAGAAAGCAAAAUCCAAAAUAUUACAAAAGACACAUUUUAAUAGUUUUACAAUUAUAAUUUUGCAUGCAGAUAACAAUUUGAAAUGCAUAUAAAUGAUAAAUGAACAUUUGUGGAUAUGUUGACCUUUUUUGAAGACAUGAUUGUUACCGAUGACAUGAUGCAGCAGUAAGAUCAACACCGGACGCUACCUUGCGGUUUUACCACAACUUAUUUCUUGAAUUCAGUAGUGUUUCUCACCUCAAGUUUCUACUUUUUCUUUUGAUCACGGCUGCAAAGUAACCUAAAAUUUAGCCAAAUAAAAUUCCAAGUGUCCCAGCAUUUGAUCAAGAAGGUGAGAAACGCUGUUCAAUUCAAGCAGUAACUCAAAGCAAAACACAGGUGGUGACUGUGUUAAUCUCGCUGCCGUAUCGUGUCUUUGGGAACAGUCACGUCUUCAAUGAAGGUAAAAGUACGGUAACCUUAAAUGUUCAUUUAUCCCUUUCAUUCGUCAUUUAUGUGCAUUUAGAAUUAAUUUAUAUGCGUUUAAAACUGUAAUUGUAAAACUAUAAAAACGUCAUGUGUCAACACUUUUGAUUUGUGGCGUAACUGACCACCUGCAGGCUCAGUCAUUGGUAUACUUUUACAUAUAUGUAAAGCAAUACUCGGUUUAUUGCCAUUCUACUUUUGUGCUUUGAUUGUAAGGAGAAGUGUUGAUCCUUACUCCUUCUGUUCACAACAUUAUUGGUCGCUAUCUGUCCCAUUUGCUCUUAGUGAAAUGGGCAAAAAGGCUUUUAUCUUUUCUGCACCUUUGGCGUGGAAUAUGCUGCAGAACAAUUGGAAACUAACCCAACUUCAUUGCGUGCUUUUAUAUCUAAGUACUUGAAGUUGACUAUGACGUGCAGUACUUGUUUUUCAUAAUCUGUAAAUUGUGCAUAUGUAUGGUCAGGUCUCCCUUGAAAAAGAGGUGAUUAACCUCAACAGGAGCUACCUGGUUAAAUAAAGGUAAAAAAAACAAACAGAGGCAAAAUUUUGGCACGUGUUUUCAGUGUUCACCGGGGCAUACACUAACCGAGCUCCCACUGUAUAGAUUCAUUACACAAAGAGUAAACUAUAUCAAGCCUUUAUUUAUUGCAGGUUUGAUGAAUAUGAUUUACAGAUUAAUCAAAACACAAAAUUUAGUGUCUCAUAAAUGUGAAUAUUGUGAUAAAGUUCCAUUUUGGAAAGUGAUGGUGUCACACCCUAUCAAAUAAUUCACUCAAAACACCUGCAAAGGUUUCAUGACCCUUUAAAUCGUUUCUCAGUCUGGGUCAGCAUGCUACACAAUCACGGGGAAGACUGCUGAUUUGACAGAUGUCCAGAAGUCAUUGGCACCCUCCACCAGGAGAGUAAGUUACAAAAGGUCAAGCAUAUUCAUCAAAAGUUAAGUGGAAGGUAAAAGUGCACCAGCAAAAAGGAUCCAUAAUUGCAGCCUUAAAAGGUAUUGUCAAGCAAAAUCAGGAGCUACAAAUGUUGCAUUCCUCGUGUUAAGCCUCUCCUGAACCAGAGAACAAGAGAAGCAUCUUACCUGUGCUGUGGAGAAAAGGAACUGGGCUGUUGCUGAGUGGUCCAAAGUCCUCAUUUCAGAUGAAAGUAAAUUUUGCAUGUCAUUUGGAAAUCAAUGUCCGGAGGAAGAGUGGAGAGGCACAGAAUCCACAUUGCUUGAAGAACAGUGUGAAGUUUCCACAGCCAGUGAUGAUGAGGCAUCGUGGCAUUUGCUGGUGUUGGUCCACUGUCCACAGUCACUGUCCACUUCGUGCUUCCUUCUGCUGGCAAGCGUCAUGGAGAUACUCAUUUAAUUUUCCAGCAGGACUUGGCACCUGCCCACACUGCCGAAUGUACCGAAAUGUGGUUGAAUGACCAUGGUGUAAAUGUGUUUGCUUGGCCAACAAACUGGCCUUACCGCAACCCCUUAGAGAAUAUAUGUGGUGCAGUAUUGUCAAGAGGACGAUAAGAGAAAGGGCUGCUAAAAAAGCAACCUGGGCUUUCGUUACACCUGAGCAAUGCCACAGGCUGAGCGCAUUGAUGCAGUAAUUCAUGCAAAAAUAACCCCUACCAAGUAUUGAAUGCAUAGAAAUGAAAAUAUCAUUCAGGAGAGUGACAUUUCUUUCUAAAAUAUCCUUUUGUAAUAUUGCAAGUUUCUGAUACACUGAAUUUUGUUUUUUCAUUAUCUGUAAACCAUAAUCCUCAAAAUUGCAAGAAAUAAAGGCUUGCUCUAUGUGUAAAGAAUGUAUGUAAUAUAUGGGUUUCACUUUCAGAAAUAAGUGACAAAUAUUGGAACUUUUUCAUGAUAUUGAAUUUUUUUUUUUCGCUGUACCUGCAGUAUAUGCAAUAUAUGCAUCUCCAUAAAUAAGAAUACAUUUGAAAUGUUCAUUUAUUUCAGUAGUUCAAUUAAAAAAAAAAAACUUUUAAUAAAUAGCAUUCUUUUAAAAAAACUUAAUUCUGUAGAUCAGUGGUUCUACAUUCAAGUGUUUUUAAGCGUUAAAUUGGAUAAUGCGUACGACAAAUUCAUACAUGUUGGCAGGCCUGCGCUAAUAUUGCAAGGCCUCCCUGCUCUCGAAUAUCGAGCAUCUCAUAACAUUUGAAAAAUUUUCCAAAAAAACUUCAGUAUUGUUAACUACCACUUCACGCUCUAAUCAGAAAAUGAACUGCAAAAACUUUGUGAGACGUUCAUGAGUAUCUUAGUCUGAAUUGAACUCCUAAAAUCCAAUUUCUUUAAUUAAAUUUAAAACACAUAUACAUAUAUAUGCACUUUUCAUUUUACAGUGCAGAGUAAUUUCUACAUUUAAUUCUGUUUACUCAUCAAAAUCAGUGUUAUUCCGUUAUUUUCUACACACAUUUUUCGUCGUAUUCUGCAUGCCACUUGUGCCACAACAAUAGGUGUACAUUCUGCCAUUAUAAGUUUAAAUGUAGGUUUUGAUUGAUAAUCAUGUUUGAUUGUGUGAGAUGGGCAAGACAUUUCUUAUGACACUACAACCACAACAACGAACACCAUGUUCAAUUAAUAGCUCUCUGACAGCGUCUACUAAAACUGAGCAUAUUUCUUUUUGGUCUCAUUAGACUGGUGCGCCUAACGUGGCCUGAUAUUGAGCAUCCAUAACAUUGAUAAUUGAACACUUUAUCGUACAAUGUAUGUGCUCCAAUAUGUUUUUCUGCAGGUAUUACCCUCAGGUGCAGAGAAAUUCGCCCUCUCUUGAAUAAAAAAAAAACAAACAAACCUACAAGAGUCAUGGUCUGUCCAGCAUAGAGGAGGCGAUUGGGAGCCAGCUGGUAAUGGGUGUGAUGGG